CAGAUUAUCUUUAGACCCUAAACAUGGCUAUAGACGGGAUGUGGCACAUUGUCCCGCUAUUACUAUUAACUCUAUGGAUAUGCCUGGGAGAAAACGUGACGGUGUCAGGCCAAACAACUGCAGCAAACCCUGUUCUUCUCUUUCAUGGUCUGAUGGACAAUCAUAAAACUAUGGAGUACAUGGCAUUUAAGAUAAAGAAAGAUUUCCCUGGCACAUACACUCACUCUAUCAAGCUUUAUCCGGACGACUAUAGCUUGAUUUCACUAAAAGUUCAAUCUGAGAGUCUUGUGAAGUACAUAAAGAAUCUUCAUAUCGAGGGACCUAUCACUUUUAUCGGGCACAGUAUGGGAGCGUUGUCCGGUAGAAAUGUGAUACAGAACUGGGAUGAUCACAACAUUACAACGUUCAUCUCAUUAGCAGGACCUCAUAUGGGGGUCAGCAAAGUACCACCGAUUAAUGGCAUAGCUGGCGGUUACGAGAAUUUUAUCAACGACACUUUAGCUUACAUGUGCUAUAACGCGGGGGGACAAGAGUUUUCUCUAUGUAAUUUUUGGAAUGACCCAACCAAACAAGCGAUGUACAAGAAACGAAACAAGUUUUUAUCGUCAUCGUUGUGUCAAACUCAGAGGAAGAAAUGCCCAGGACAAUCAGACAACCUAAAAAAGCUUCAAAAGAUGGUCUUAAUAGGAGGUCCUCAGGAUGGCACGGUGUUCCCUUUCGAAUCGACUUUAUUUGGGUAUUACGAUAACGAGUGGAACAUAGUUCCCAGAAGGGAUCAGUCGUUCUACAAAGAUUUGGGAUUGAAAAAGAUGGACAAGAACAAUCGCAUAGUAGAAUGCAUCAAGGAAAGUGUAGAACACGUACAGUUCGUAUUUAACGACGACGUUUACAACGAUUGUGUGAGGCCACACAUUGUCUGA